GGGUCGGAAUGCAAAGAAAUGGAAUUUGUUUGUUCUCCUCUCUCCCCGUCGACGAAACUGGAAGAACCACUUCUGAUUCAUUCUUCUUCUUCUCCUCCGACCCCGACCCAGAUUUUUCCCUACUUCCAGUACUCUCUAUCUCUCAAUCUAGAUUAACACGCAUAUAUAUAUAUGUGUGUGUGUAUUUUUGUACGUAAUUCUUGCCGUAUAUGACCUCAGAAAUUUGUAGUUAGGGUGUAAGGAUGGAUGCAGAUGAAAACCAAGAAGCCCAGAUCCCAAAACCCACUAGGAUUCCCGUUUCAUCUUUUUCAAUGAAACCCUUUUGUUUUCUCUCGAUCUUGAUACUGUUCUUAGCCAUCUCAUUGGGCGUAAUAACCAGAACAACCCUCUUCAGGGUGUACCUUCUAAAAGCAACCAUUUCUCCCCACCCUAAUGUUUUUCAAGAAUUGUUGAAAUUUCUCCGGUUUACUGUGGUUGAACACAAGGAAAUUACUGAGACCCCUUACUGUAUCCUAUGGAUGGCCCCUUUUCUUUCAGGUGGUGGGUAUAGCUCAGAAGCCUGGUCUUACAUCUUAGCACUGAACAGUUACAUUAGGAAGCAAAAGAACCCAUUUUUUAAAUUGAGAAUUGAGCAGCAUGGUGAUCAAGAGAAUGUUGAGUUCUGGGAGGGUUUGCCUUCGGAGAUGAGAAUCUUGGCUCUCGAGCUUCAUCAGACUCAGUGUAGAUUGGAUCAGACUAUUGUGGUUUGUCAUAGUGAACCUGGUGCUUGGUAUCCCCCUCUGUUUGAGACCUUUCCUUGCCCGCCGACUGGUUAUGGUCGGUUUAAGGUUGUCAUUGGGAGGACCAUGUUUGAGACUGAUAGAGUGAAUUUGGAGCAUGUGAGGAGGUGUAAUAGAAUGGAUCAUGUUUGGGUUCCUACUGAUUUCCAUGUUAAUACAUUUAGGCAAAGUGGGAUUGAUCCAAUCAAGGUUAGGAAGGUUGUUCAGCCUGUUGAUUUGGAGUUCUUCGAUCCGUUUAAGGUUGAGCCGUUGGACUUGGCUUCAAUAGGCAGUCUUGUAUUAGGAUUGGAUAAAUCAAAUUUGAGAAAACAGUUUGUUUUCUUGAGUGUUUUCAAAUGGGAAUAUAGAAAGGGGUGGGAUGUGCUGUUGAGGUCUUAUUUGCAGGAGUUCUCUGGAGUUGAUGAUGUUGCUUUGUAUUUAUUGACUAACGCAUACCACACGGACAGAGAUUUUGCUAACAAGAUUGUUGAGUAUGUUGAGGAUUCUGAUCUGGAGAAGCCUGCUAAUGGUUGGGCUCCAAUUUAUGUGAUUGAUGGUCAUAUAGCUCAGAUUGAUCUACCAGGAUUGUAUGUGUCAGCUAAUGUGUUCGUUCUGCCAUCUAGAGGGGAAGGUUGGGGUCGUCCAAUCGUUGAGGCGAUGGCAAUGUCACUGCCGGUGAUCACCACAAACUGGUCAGGGCCGACUGAGUAUUUGACUGACGAGAAUAGCUAUCCACUGCCGGUUGAGGGAAUGACUGAAGUGAAAGAAGGACCAUUUAAGGGGCAUUUGUGGGCUGAACCUUCCGCUGAUAAGCUGCAACUUCUGAUGAGGCACGUAAUGAGCAAUCACGAUGAAGCUAAAACUAAAGGAAUGAAGGCCAGGCUUGACAUGAUGAGAAGGUUCUCCCCUGAAAUUGUCGCUGAGGACAUCAUCAGUCAUUUACAACAAGUUCUAGUCAGUAUUCCUUGAGCCUUCCGAGUUUGGUUUCUUAAAAGAAGAAAGAGGGAACAAAACAGCUGGACCAUGAGAAUUCACGUCACUCAUGCACGUGCUGCCGAUCUUUUGGCCUACAACAAUUUGGCUGACUUAAACUGAACUGGCUUCUUAGCCGAUAUCUUGCUCGCAGCCUGAUUAAACUAUGGGAGCUGAUAGUUAGAUUACCUUUUAUCAUUUGAAUUGGUUUUUGCAUAUUGUUUAUGCAGACUGAUUUUCUUUGGAUGAAAAAGAUGUUACAAUGUGAGGUAUUAUUGGGACUCACUCAGGCAGAAAUGGGUUUUUGUAGGAAUUGGUAACUCGAGCAAUAUUGUACCACUUUGUAGUUGAGAUUCUGUCACUCAGAUGCUAAUGUUAUAUACGCGGGAUUGAUGCAUAAAACCACUCUUUCAUUUUCUCUUUGAA